UUUGCGUAUGCGCAGUCCAGCUUGUCUGAAAAGCUUGAGAAUCGAUUUAUUUACGGGAAAAACAUCUAUCAUAAGCUGCUGCUAAAAAACACCACAGAUGAAAUGAGUGCUACAAUCGUGAACAUUGCCGAAGAAGAUUUCUUCGGAACAGUGAUACGGUACGGACUUUACGUCGGGGCUAUAUUCCAAAUGAUAUGUUUGGCUGCAUGCAUUGUACUACCAGAUUCGUCAGGUGGAAUUGACGGUGCGAACGGAUUGAAGGGUAACGAUAGUGAUGACUCCAGUUCGGAACAUUCCUCGCCACAAAAUACUCCCAGACGGCCGUAUCAUCGCAGCCGAAAGCAAGACAAAAAGAAGAGACGUUGAAUAAUGAUUGUUCAUUAUACAGUUUCCAUCUGUGUAUUAAGCUAUAUGCUCGUUUUGUUUCGUAAGCAUAAGUUAUUUUAAAAUAUUAUUCAUGUUAAACACAACACAUUAUUUAACACAAUAAGACCCUUUGUCGUACAAAAACUGCGGUCAGAAAACAUGUCCAACAUACAAUAAAAAUAAUGCUUCAGUUGAUCUCGAAAGAUUUUCACAAAUAAAAUUAAUGUACCACAAUCUUCAAAAAAUGAA